GUUUGACAUUUUUCCCUGGAAACUAUAAAGACUUCUGGAAACUAGCCAUUUUCUUUCUAGUUUUCAAUUCCAAAGUUUCUCUUUUGAAAUUUUCUACCUCUAAAGCUCUUUGGAUUCUUUUUUCUCUAUUGUUUUCUGGGAAAUUUCAUCAAAUCGUUAAUGGCAAGGUCGAGAAAUAAGAACAUACAAGCCAAGCUGGUACUUGUUGGGCACAUGGGAACUGGGAAAACAAGCUUGGUAUUGAGAUUUGUCAAAGGCCAAUUUUUUGAUUUCCAGGAAUCCACAAUUGGAGCAGCCUUCUUUACUCAAGUUUUAUCACUUAAUGAAGCCACUAUAAAGUUUGAUAUAUGGGACACAGCAGGCCAAGAGAGAUACCAUAGUUUGGCUCCGAUGUACUAUCGUGGUGCAGCCGCUGCUGUCGUGGUCUACGACGUCACGAGCUCGGAAACGUUCGAGCGAGCCAAAAAAUGGGUUCGGGAAGUGCAACGACAAGGAAAUCAGAAUUUGAUAAUGUUCUUGGUAGCAAACAAGGUUGACUUGGAAGACAAGAAAAAAGUGGGAAAUGAGGAAGGUGAGCAAUAUGCCAAAGAAAAUGGCUUGACUUUCCUCGAAACAUCGGCAAAGACGGCACAUAACGUCAAUGAACUCUUUUACGAGAUUGCGAAGAGAUUGGCGAAAGCUGCUCCGUCAAGGCCGACCGGAAUUAAGUUGCAUAAUAGGCCUCGAGAAAGUGAAAGGCGGUUCUUUUGUUGCUCCUCAUGAUAUGAAGGUUAGCUAUAUCUAUACUUGUACGUAGUUCUGAUUAUCAACAUCUAAGUUCCAAAAAAUUGAUUUGCAUCUGAAUCAAUCUCGGACAUGGUUUUCAUCACUUGCAAGGGAAACUUCAUGUGCCAGUCAAUUUAGUCCACUAAGGUUUGAAGUUUCAUGUUUGGUUUUCUAGGUUCUUGGCUCUUAAUAUGAAUUAUUAAGAUCUAUGCAUUUCCUCUUGUAUUACAAGUAGACUUGUCGGUUGAGUAGGUCGGGUUGGUUUCUGGUCGAGUUGGGUCAAUCUAUGUCGGGACAUUUAGAGUUGGGUUUGUUUUAGUUUGAUCAUUUAGGAUUUGAGUUGUUUUGAAUUCAGGUCUUCUCAAUUCGGGCAUUCGAAUCUAUCUAUAAAGUUUUUCAAA